GUUGUGUCCGCGUAGCGGUUGUGUUAACGUGUUCAAUCUACGCGUUUUCCAGCAAUCGAUAAAACGCUAUGAAAACAGUUAGUAUGGUGACUGUAAUAUUAGGUACAUAGCGAAGCAUACAUGAAAGUAGCCAUCAUGUCACGUUAUAAUAAUUCGAUCAAUGCCGGAUACCCUUCUAACACUGUGUUUGUAAUAAUUUUUAUAUGUUCGUUGGUAUGCUCGAGCAUACCGCCCGUGGAAAAUGCGAGCAUAUUGGCUGUGCAAAUAGUGCCCGCCAAAAGUCAUUGGAAUUUCAUGAAUUCUAUACUCCGGGCGUUGACAGAGAGGGGCCACCAUGUUACCGUGUUUACGCCCUUUUCCGAUGGCGGUGACCGAGACAACUACACGGAAGUGGAUACUUCGGGCCAAUUUCCGACAUUGCUGGAAAUGGAUCUGGCCGACACGUUGAUCAGAAAAAGUCGUCCGACAUCAAUGGUCAAGGUUGCUCAAGCGUUGGGAACAAACACGUGCGAUAUUAUAUACGCAAACGACCGGUUGAAGGAAAUAAUGCGAAAUGACGGACAGCCGAUUUUCGAUCUGAUUGUCACAGAAACUCUGGGGUCAGAUUGUGUAUCGUAUUUGUCGAUCAAGUUAAACUUGCCAACGGUUCAUUUGAUUGCGUCGCCGAUGAUAACAUACGCGGAACGUUCACUUCUCGGACACAUCCCGAAUCCUGCGACAGUCUCUCAUUCAUACUAUUACAAAGCCCGUCCUAAAACAUUCAGUGACAGACUGCACAACACCGCUCUGUCAACGUACAGUGUUCUCUAUUUCGGAUUUCGCGAAUGGACUGUUAAAUUUACAAAUCCGAAACCUUACAACUCGAUCGCUCGUCCCGUUCAAGCGUCAUUGUUAUUUGUAAACAGUCAUUACAUAAGUGAACCUUCAAGACCGUUUCCACCGACCGUUGUUCAAGUCGGUGGUAUACAUUUAAAACCACCAAAGAGUUUACCAAAGGUACCUAAUAAGCAAUAUAACAGAUGUAUAGAAUGACCGGCGUAAAGUGAGAUACUCAUUAUUUCGGAGAGUAUUGAUUUGAUCGGUAUUUAUUUUAAGUAUUCAAUUUGUUUUUUUUUUUUUUAUAAAAUUUAACAAACAAACAGCACUAAAAUAUUACAUAAAUGAUAUUUCACGUUACCCUUAUUUUUCGGAAUGAAACCACUAUCCGAAUUUUCAAACGGCAACUUAUAUUAAAAACCUCACAAGUAGAAGAAGUUUUCGUUUAAAUACAUUUUGGUAAUGACAUUUUUAAUUUCGUCAACGCAAGUCUACCGACGACACGCAUAAUAAUUAACGACGGUUCACAAUGUCUGGUAUUUUAUCUUGACACUUAUUGUAAAUAGUAUAAAUAAUAAAAACAGAAUAAUUAUCAUUUAAAUAAAUUUGCACUACUGCACUACAUAUUUUGGAUUCUGAGAGGACGAGGAACGUAUUGGUUUUACAAUGAUAUUAAUUUUUUUUCUGUGAACAACUUAUAUACAAAAAAUCUUGAUUUUCACGCGUAGCAAUUUUUCUAAAAGACAAUUUUAUUGGUGUGGCGGUUUAAGGAGGUCAUUUUUUGAUUUUCUUAGCGGCUUUUAUAAUAAUUGGGAAAAACGGGAAAAUUUACGAAAUUUAGAAAUGUAUUAGUUUCAAUUUUAUUUUUUUUAUUGUGAUUCAGUCAAAAAAUAAUUGUAGAGACUUGGAAUUCGGACAGAAAAUUGGGUUAUUUUAGACGUAGUCAAAAUUUCAAAAUAUUUAAGCCACUUUUGAGUUAUUUAUAUACAUUUUAAUUUUGCGAGUUUUGUAUGUAAUUUGUAUUACCUUCCUAACUUCUCAUCUAUAAUAGUGGCUCGCCUAUCGUGCGAAGUAUGACCGUCUUUGGUUGUUAUAUUUUUUACAAAUAAAUUUCUUAUUACAACUUAUGAAUAACUUUUGGAAUAGUAUAUUUAACGUUAUGAGUUAUAUCUACUAAUUCAAAUAGAAUAAACUGUAUAAACAUAAUAAUUAUUGUUUAAAUUCGUCGAUGUUUUUAUUUUUUAUACAGGAUAUACUAGAAUUUAUUGAAAAUUCGCCGAAUGGAGUGAUUUUAUUUACAUUCGGUUCCACUAUUAAAGUAUCCUCAAUACCAGAACACAUUAUGAAUAUUUUUAAAAAUGCAUUAGCACGGGUCCCACAAAGGAUAUUAUGGAAAUAUGAAGAAGAAAUGAAAAAUAAACCAAAGAAUGUAAUGAUUGCAAAGUGGUUGCCUCAACGGGACAUACUCAGUACGUUUUUACAUUAACAAUAAAUGUUUAAAAGCUUUGUAGUUUUAUUUGUGUUAUACAGUGCAUCCGAAUGUAAAAUUAUUUAUAAGUCACGGUGGUAUAUCUGGUUUGUAUGAAACUGUGGAUGCUGGUGUUCCAGUUCUUGGAAUUCCCUUGUAUUACGAUCAGCCCAAAAAUAUCGACAAUUUAGUAAAUGCGGGAAUGGCUAUAUCUAUGGAUAUUUUGUCCGUACGAGAAGACACAUUUUUAAGAAAUGUAUUAGAACUUGUUAAUAAUAUUACGUGAGUUUAAAAUUAUUAGAAAAAGGUAUUCAAAUUUGCAAGUUCAAACUGUACUUGGCAAUUAAUACAACGACAAUAUUUACGUGAAAUCUUUAGGAUAUAAAUAUUAGUCAUACUACUAUGUAUUUAUACGGUGACCUAUGAUCGCAUUAAGAAUCUUUCUUCUAUUAAUAUUUAAUUUGAUCUACGUAUGUGUUUAUUGAAAAAAAAAAAAAAAAAAUCAAAAUUCAAGCAGAACUGCAUUUGUAGUUUGCCAAAACACAGUUGGAAUUUCAAAAGUCUUAAGUCCACAUUAUGAAGUGAAAAAUUAGUAACAAUAUUCUAAUAUUGCAUUUUUCCGUUCUAUGGCCAUUCUAGUUAUGUAGAUUGGUGUAGAUCAGUAGAUACACUACUAUCACUAUUAUGUUCAAUCUACUAAUAUAGAUGGAAACAAUAAUAAUUAUAUUAUGAAAUAACAAAUUAUAAAAUUAAAGUAUUACGAGGACGUUAAACUCGCAUUUGUCUCAGUCCAACUACUAGGUAACAUGCAAAAACCAUUCUUACGGAAAAUAAGUAAAACUUACCCCUUAAUUUUGAUUUUAAAGUAAAAGUGUCUAUAAUAAAAUUUAUAGAGAAUAAUAUUUUGGAGAAAAUAUUAAAGACUUCUUUUGAUUCAUGAAAUAAUAAGAAGUUACAGUUAUUUUUUUUUUAAAAAAAUAAAGGUAUAUGUGUCUUUUCUUUAUAGAAUAUUGUUCUCUAUAAACUUCAUAAUUGUUACUUUUACUCUAAAAUCAAAAUCAAGGUAAGUUUUACUUAUUAUGCGGAAGCAUUGUUUUUCCAUGUUAUCCGGUAGUUGAACUGAGAUAGAAAAUGCGUGCAUAACGUCCUUUUAACGAAUAAAAUAAAAAUGAAUGACCAUAGCUCGAAUAUUGGUUAAGUGGCGACUCAAACUUAAUAUUUAAAAGUUAUUACAUUUUAUAUGUAAAAUUUUCAUCAUUAAAGAAUGCAUUUUGAUUAUAAAGGUAUGUUGAAAACGCUAAAAUUGCUUCUGAACAAUUCAAAGAUAGACCGAUGUCACCAGAUAACUCAGUUGUUUAUUGGACGGAAUAUGUAAUACGACAUAAAGGAGCGCCUCACUUGAAAUCUCAUGCGCUGAACAUCUCUUGGUAUCAGUAUUUAUUGUUGGACGUAAUGACCGUUAUAAUCGGUUUUGUUGCCGUUAUUCUAUUUGUAUUAUAUACAGUUUUAAAAAAUAUUAAUCACUACAUUGUACAAUUUAAGUUAAAAACUAAAACAAAAUCCGAUUAGAUGGAUUUUAUAUUUAAAACAAAUAUAAGAUAAAGUAAAACAGUCAAAUAUUCUUCUAUUUGUAAAAAAAAUUUAAACCGAUCCUGUUAAAGACAACACAUAUUAAAUACGGACCCGGACAUAUUUUCGUCGCGACUGUUUCGCCACAACCGAUCAGGGGCGUAUUCAGCUUAUCUUCCAAGGGGGGUGGGCCGAAAUUCAAACUUUUAUCAUACUUAUAAAUCGUUGGUUAUAAAAGCAUACAUCUAUAAACGGCAUUAUUACG